AUGGCCUCUGCUGUGUCUAUUGCCCCAGAGCUCAUCUCUGAGGAGAGGUCCCUCAUCCAGCGACUCAGCAAAGUCAACGGUCUUAGGGAAGUGGAUUCGGCAACACAUGCGAUCCCGUGGUUAUCAGAUCUCAAGAUCCUCCGGCGAAAGGUUGAAUAUAUGGAGUCUGAUCCCAUGUUACGGGAUGCAAUGACAGUCAACUUGGGGAGCUCCCUGCUUGCUCUGGAUGCCGUGAAGGUGUGGCUUGGGCGGUCGAAGGGAAAAACAGAGUCCACGACAACAAAUGAACAACCCGCCGAACUCACCGAAUCCACACCCUCAUCUGAGACGUCCCAGAAAACGUCACGUAAACGAAAGUCAGAGGGACAGUCCAGCUCCCUAAGCAAACUUCCCCGGCAGACGCGAUCUAAACCUGCGAAGGACACUGCCAGCGAGAGGGAUAAUGGGCGCUGUGUCAUUACCAAGAUGGGUAAGCCCGUCCAUAUAUGCCACAUCUACCGGCUUUCAUUGGGAAAUGAGACCGAAAGUGCACGGCCGAUAUUUUGGUCUCUUCUGCAAACUUUCUGGGAUCCCGAGACGAUCGCCAGCUGGAAGAGGGAUAUCAUGGGCCUUGAAGGCACAGAGGUAACUCAAAACCUUCUAUGCCUCUCGACUAUGAUGCACGACCUCUGGAACUCGGCACGUCUUGCCUUUGAACCCGUUGACAUGUCUGAGGACAAGAAAUUCCUUACAAUGCGGUUCUGGUGGCUACCUCAUCGAGACUACUCCCCGCAGGUGUCCCUAGUGGUGCCUCCCUCCCUCCCAUCCGGCCCGAAGGCAAGUUCCGGCAAUGCCAAGCUGUGGAAUUGCGACACGGAUGAACCCAUCUACUCUGGCCAACUCAUAACGAUAAGGACCCAGGAUCCGGAGGCGAUGCCCCUCCCAUCCUUUGCACUACUGAAAAUGCAGUGGUUCUUGAAUCGGAUUGCUGCCAUGAGUGGUGCGGCAGAUGUUACGGAUGAGGAACUCGAGGACUAUUUUGGAGACUAA